CAUUUCCGACGUUGAUGCGUCGAUUCGUCCGACCUGUAAUCCUGUUCCCACACUGUAUUGUCUCCACCGCGGGGAGCUUUUACCAGUGGCUGCAAAGCACCAUCAGACGACAAAGGACAAGACGGUGAAUACAAAGGAUUGGAGGACAUGGAAUUGGCUUGGGAACCGGAAGUACCGGCGGUAGCGGUGGCCAUCCGACUGCUCGCUUCCAUGCUGCAAUUGAAGACCGACAAUCGGAAAUUGGUGCUCAAUUUGUCCACAGAUGACGAUGAGGAGCAGGCGACUUGCUCAUCUUCAAACUCUUCAGCUAUGGAGCCCCAAUUGGAUGAAUCGGAGAGCCGCCGAGAAUGGACGAUGUCAUUGAUAAACGUGGAAGCCGAGAAACUCCAAAAUCAGCUCGCCGUAAUCGUCUUCGUCAAGUAGCCGCGAAAGUUGCACCGAAAUCGUCUCUAAUUCAUCAUAAUCAUCACACUGGAGCUUAAUUAUUUUUUAUUUUAUUCCCAAUUUUCUCCCUCCCCCCCCCCCCCCACAUUGUAGCUAGCUUUUUGUUGUUCUCCCAUUUUUUUUUUUGAUUUUUGAACUAGUUUGAUGUCUUGUUGUGUCAUAAAUAUUAUUUGUUAAG